AUGGACAAAGAAAAUACAGAGCCGUUUGUGGCACCACAAACGCCUCAUGCUGUGCGGAAACGCAAUGCCGCGCUGAACGAUACCAAUGCUGCUCCCAAGCGCGUGCAGCGGACCUACAAGAGUCAGCAUCCGUCCGCCAUUCCUUUCCAACCGAGCCACAGAAACCCUAUGUCUCCGAUGCAUGGGCUGCUAGAUCAUAUCGAGUCACUCUCUCUGGAUCCUCACACACGUGAGCGGAUUGUCGGCAUGCAUAAACAAGCAUCGGCUGCCCCGCCAAUCGCCCACCGUCGCCGAUCCAUCUUGCGUUGGCUCCGUACAUCACGCCGUACGGCUACGCAGCGUAUGACACCCUCAGCUUGUGCUUAUCGCUUGAGAAUCCCGGCCAAACAGCUGCCUCUAGAGCCGGUGCGUCAGCUUCGCGUCGCGCUCGCCUCAGAAUCGCCUGCCUGGGUCCAUGGAUUUCUGAGCUGUGGAGGCUACCAGUGCCUUCUUGCUCGCUUGGGUGAGCUGCUUUCCAUGGAAUGGCGCGAAGAGCAGCAUGAUGAUAUGCUUUUAUACGAGAUUCUUCGCUGCAUGGUUGCUUUGGGCUCAUCCGAAGAGGGGUUGCGAGCCAUGGUAUCACAGGCGCCGGCGCCGUACGAGCAAUUGAUGGUAUCGUUACUAACAGGCCGUUUGCCCUCCGACCUCAACACGCGGCGUAUGGUAAUAGUGUUACUUGCCCAACUACUUCCCCAAACUAUGCCGACGGACGUUCUUGCGCAGCGUAUUGUACACACUGUACCUGUCAACGAAGCACCAUGCGUCGAGGCUGCGUCAGGUAAACAUGAUGGCGCCGUGUUCGCAGCGAUGCUCUUGCACACCAAUCGUCCUGCUGCUUUGGCCUCCAAAGUGGACUUUUUGCAGCGGCCAUCCGAUCACAAACCUCUGCGUGCGUUGGUUGCUCAACUUCAUCGUAUUUGCUCCGAAUUCUUCUGGAUUUUCUGCCAUAAGGAAAACAAGGCUUGGGAUUGGGAGACUCUCGACUUGAAAACCGUCAUGGCCCCCCAAGUACCUAGCGGGAUGACAGGCAGUGUGGAAUGGGAAGCCAUUUUGUACGUGGAAACGACUUUGCGUCUCCUUAACGGCAUUACACACUCUUUCCUGUCCACUCAUCCUGCUGCUGCUCGCGUGUGGAUGCAGGAGCUGGAUGAAGCAAACUUGGACCAGGUGCUAGAGGCCCUGCAACUCGCUUCACAGGCGUAUUACACGGCUAUGCAUGCUGAACUUGCUCAUUUCUACGCGCUUCGUCGGCAGGUGGACACUACAGCUGCAUCUUCUGCUCUUCCUCUCGCAACAGCGGCCCCGCCGUCCGUCGCGUCGGAGGCGUCACAACCGCCUAAGGCAUCCCCUGUACCACACCAGGCACCUUCCUUCUUCUCUCCCAUGUCAUUGCCGGUGUCCAGGCCCGCCUCUUCCAUGUCCUUCGACAUGCCGAAACCACGGGCCUCGAGUCACGGUACUGUGACGCGUGUACGCCAUGUGAGUGUGGAACGUGUCUCGAUCCCCAUCACGCCCCGCAUACCCUCUACUACCAUGUCACAAACGGUAACACCGCCAAGGGAUCCGUUAUGUGACAUUGACCUCACUCCUAUACGAUUUUAA